AUGGCGAUUAAGAAAAGAAACAAAAUUAGGUUACCAAGUGAUCACCCUGAGGAGCUUGGAGUUGAUGGUUCUGCUCAUAGGCCAACACAGCAAAUUAAGGCCGUAACGCUGAACGAUUUUGAAGAUGAUGACAACGAUGUUUGUGCUCUGCAACCAAUAAAGUUUAAGAAAGUGCCCAAGCGCGACAUUACCUUUGAUGGUGAGCAAGCAAUAAAGGAGAAUGAUUCGCAUUAUAAAGACCUCUACCAUUCAAAGAAAAAUACCGAUACAUCGAUGGGGAACAAAGAUGAUGCGGUGGUUCUUAAUAUGGAAGACUUAGUGGAAGGAAACCACGAUUUAUUAAGUGAUUCCUCGGAGGCUAGUAAUAGCUUCGAAGGCGAGCACACUACUAGUAUACCAACUCGAGAAGAAAUUGCAAAACUGAAGGCACAGAAAUCAAUUUCUAGAAGGAAAAUCAGUAAAAGCGAUGUCGUAAGAGAGAGAGACUAUGUAAAACUGUUAGACAGUGAGGAUAAACGUGAGAUUAUGGAGACAAUAAAAUCGAAUGGUGGUCUGAAACGCACCAAUGAAAAAGAGAUUGAGAAUUUCAGUGACGAUGAAAUGCAGGGCUUUCAAGACGAAAGGCUAGCACUCACAGAUAAUCAAAUUGCCAUUCAAAAGGAUUCUAAAAGAAAGAUUAUUGAGGAAGCCAUAAAUGAUGCGCCUUACAGAGUCGAUGAAGAAUGGGAGACGCAGCUUUUAAGCAAGGGAAAUAUACACAAACCGAAUGAAGGAAUCAUCACAUCCCUACCAAUACUUUUCCCAGACGAUGAUGAAAGUGACAACACCAUUGAGGAGAUAAGCGAGAUGGUUUCGAAGAUCUGCUUGCAAAGGAAGAAGGUUGAAAUGAGAUUGCAAGCUUUAGAAAAGGCAAAAAUUGACUUGGAAAAUUCUAAGACAAACCUAAUAAAUAAGCUCAUAGGCAACUGA